UCAGUUUUCUUUAUAGUCCAACUCUCACAUCCAUACAUGACCCCAGGUUUGCCACUUAACUAGUUGUGUGGUUACGGACCAGUCACUCACCCUCUCUGUAUCUUACCAAGCUCCUCCUGGCACCCCUCUCAGGACAGACACAUUUUGGAAAAGUCCUCAGAGGGCUGAGCAGGGUGGUGCCUGCAAGGGGCUGUUGUUCCCAGAAGCCAUGUCUCCUGCCCAGCUCCUCCUGGUGACCUGUGGGUGGCAGCACUAGACCCCCGUUCUUGGAGAGACAGCCUGCUUGCCAGCCCCAUCCUGGGCUCUGCCUGCAGGGGCCUAGGUCAGGAGAGAUGCUGGCAGGAGUGACUGGCUCCCUCUGACCACUGGCAACCACUUCCAUGUGGGUGUUCUACUGAGAGCCCACCUGGGCAGGUUCACGACACUGCCAGGGGACGGGCCAGAUCAGGGAGGUGCCAGCCCUGACCCAGGUCAGUGGUGGCCAGGUCCAAAUGACCUCUAGGAACAUUCCGGGACCCUCAUUUCUGGGUUCAUCACUCUCUCACUCCCUCUGUUCCCCAAAGGCAUCAGGGUAAAGCCCUAAGACCCAGAAGCUUUCGGAUUGGUCUCGGGGGGCUUCCAGCAGGUGAGGAGACAGGAGGAGCAGGGGUCUGAGUCUUCACAGUGGGUGGGGCCACUUUAGGAGGAGAGAGCAGCUUUCAGCCAAGAUGGACCACAGAGUGGCCUUCAGUUUAGGAAAGGGAGGCCCCGGCGGGCCAGACUGUUGGUCAGCAUUCUCUGACCGGCAUUUGACCUGACCAGGAAGGCAUCCCUCACGUAGCUGGAAGCCCCUCAAAUGCCAUCUAUUUGUGGCCUGGACCCUGCUGCCUGGCAGGAGACAUGUGACCAUGGGCUGUGGUAUUUUUGGCAAUGGGGGUGGGGCCUGUGCAGCGAGCCCUGCACCAUGCCGCUCUGGGACAGGCAGCUCGGACGCCCAGCUCCUCUGCCCCGGCUGGCUGUGGGGUCCCAGGACUGUAGCAACAUGUCCUUGUAACGUUACCAUUUGCGCUCAAUUCGGAAGCAGGGAAAGCAGGAGUUUUGGAUGCUCCAACUCCAGGAAAAAGCACAGCUUCUCUCUGGACUCUGUUUGUUCUGCUCUCUUUCAGGACAGAAAUGGAGGGCUGGCUUCUGGGCCACGGAAACCCGAGGGGGCAGGUGGGGUGGUGGCAGUGAGUGCGGGCCAGGGCCCCGGGCCUGGGUCUGUGAAGUACCUGGUCUGUGGCUCACGUGCCUCUGCUGACCCAGAAUGGAGAACUUCCAGUACAGCGUCCAGCUGAGUGACCAGGACUGGGCUGAGUUUUCAGCCACCGCUGAAGAGUGUGGCCUCCUGCAGGCCGGCCUGGCCUCUGGGGAUGAACCCUUGUCUAGCGACACUGACCAAAGGGACAGCAGUGGCAGCAGUCCCCCAGGACCCUCACCCCUUCUCGAGGGGCAGCUGGCUCAUGGAGGAAGUAGCUGGCCCAGCUUUGAGGAGGAGGACAAGGCCACCACCCGGCAGCUGGUCAGCAGGUCUUGGCAUGAGCCCAUGCUGGCCCCAGAGGCCGGUCAGCAGACGCCCAGCACGUCCGCACGGUCAGAAGCUCGGCUGUCCCUCAGCUCUGGUGCCACCCCUCUCAUCCAGGUCUCAUCCCUCCCGGGGACAGUGUCUUCCAGAGACGAGAUGCAGAGGCUUCUGCAGGGGCCAGCCCCCCAGGGCCCUGCCCCUACUCCCGUUGGUGAGCCCGCUGGGAGUCCUGAGUCCCCUGGCCGCAGUGCUGCCCCCCAGAGGUCCCCUGGCAGCCCUGGAGCCCCUCCAAGAAGCCCUGGCCGAAAGAAGAGGCGCACUGCAGGCACCAAAGUGGGUGGGCGCUCGGGUGGCCCAGGCCCUGCUGCCACCCAGCUGGGUUCCCCAUUGCUCACAGAGGCCAGGCCUGAGGACAGCCUCAGCCCUGCUGGGUCCAGGGGGAAGGGUCUCCCAGCAGGAGCAGCAAAGCAGGCAGGAGGAACUGGGCAGAUUGAGCUGGGGCCAGAGUCUGCAGGAGCCCCCGAGCAGGUGGCCAGACAAGGGCCAGGUGUGGAUCUGUCUAUGUCUGUCCCUACUACUGAGCAGGGAACAGACCAACUUGGAAUGAGCCCCAGAGCUGAGCCAUGCGCUGUGUCCAUGUCUGACCCAGAGGCUCCUCUAGAUGUCACGACUAAGUCAGACGUGGCUCUAUCCACACCUGCCUCCGAACCUCUACCCGCUGAGUCUCAGUCUAUACCUGCCUUCAACGCUCAACCCAAUGAGCCUCAGUCCACACCCACCUUCAGUCCUCAACCCACUGAGCCUCAGCCUACACCCGCCUCUGAACCUCAACCCGAUGAGCCUCAGUCUACACCCGCCUCUGAGCCUCAACCUGAUGAGCCUCAGUCUACACCCGCCUCUGAACCUCAACCCGAUGAGCCUCAGUCUACAGCCACCUUCAAGUCUAGACUGGAUAUGGACCUGCUUGUGCCGGGCCCAGUGGUCCAGCCAGAGGUGGAUUCAUCUGUGCCUGCCUCAAAGGCUGUACCAUGCACAGCUCUGCCUCAUCUUGUGCUCGAGGCUGGACCUGAUGUGGGUGUGUCUACACCACCUGCUCCCACACCCCAGGCUGGGCCUGACAUGGUGGAAGCAGAGGUUGCUCCUGUAGCCAAGCUGGGUUUGAGCCCUGUUCAGUCUCUAGAGGGGCGCCAACAGAAGCCCAGAGGGGAGCCCUCAAUAGAUGCCUCUGGACACCACACUGGGGAGCCCCCUCUAGGCUCCAUCCAAGCACCCAAGAAGAAGAAAGUGCGAUUCUCCAUGGCUGUGCCCAGCUCCGAAGAGGCAGGGUCAGAAGAGGCCUCAGGCCCACCCUCUCCAGCCACAGCCCCCAGGAUAGCAGCUGGGGGCCACAGAGGAUCUGGAGCCUGGGACUCUGUGGCAGUUGGGCCCCGGAGCCCCCAGCCUCGGAUUCUGAAGCACCUGCCCCCCCCUGCCCCCUCUGCCUCUGUGGGGACAGGGCCCAGGAGCUGCUUUGCGGUGACCCUCCCGGAAGCCUAUGACUUCUUCUUUUGUGACACCAUUGAGGAGGAAGACGAAGAGAAUGAGGGGGCAGCAGAGGCUGCCCAGGUUCCAGCCGAAGUCCAGUGGCCGGAUGUGUGUGAGUUCUUCUUCCAAGACAGCCAAGUCCAGAGGUCGGAGCACCAGGAGGGCCGCUCCGAGGCCCCACCCCUACAGGCUGGGCCUGUGCUGGCCCCUCCACCUGGAGACCCCAUGCCAAUCUCCAUCCCUGAGGCCUAUGAACACUUCCUCGAUGAGGACAGGUCAGGGGGCACGCUGGGGCCAGCCGCCCUUCUCCAGGUGCAGGCCACAGAGCCCCCCAGGUCAGUCCUCUGGGGAGUGGGGACUGGCGCCCCACCGGAGUCCAGCCCAGCCACAGUGGAACAGCUCACCCUGGCCAUCAGGGAAGCAGUGGCACCCCGGGGUCCCCUCACCUCGUUCACCUUCAGCCAGAAAGACAUGUGCAUGGUGUUCGUAGCCUUUGCUACCUGGGCUGUGAGAACAUCAGACCUGCAUGCCCCAGAUGCCUGGAAAACAGUUCUGCUGGCCAACAUUGGCACCAUCUCUGCCAUCCGAUAUUUCCGCCGGCAGGUGGAGCGGGGGCGCCACAGCCGCAGUCGCAGCCCCAGCCCCAGCUCCAGCCCCAGCCCCUAGGACCCAGGCUCGGCCCAGGAAGACGCAGGACAAGGAAAUGUCCACAGGUGCUCAGGACAAGGCACUGCCCUCAGGCCUUGCCCUCUGACUGUUUGUGUUCUGCAGUGUCUAAGAAGGAGACUGCGUCCUUGGCCCCAGCUCCCCUGGACUCCACUGAGGGUCUGACCAGUGGCCGAGGUCAAGGCUGUGCUCCACACUUGAGAGCGGGGAGAUUCUGGAAGGCUGGGUAGGUAGGGGCUGAGCAGGAAGCUGGUUAGUAAGGUGGCCAGGUUAGCAAUAAAAAACACAGGGCGUCCGAUGAAACUUGAAUCUCAGACACUCAGGAUGAGUCCCACUUAUGCUAAGGAAAUGUUUGUGGUUUAUCUGAAACCAGAAUUAACUGGAAUCCUCAUCCGAUAUGGUUAUGCUUCUGGAGGGAGGGCCACGACCGGGCACUGGAAGUUAGAGGGGUUCAGAGAAGCAGCAAGACCCCAGCAGGAGAUCCGGGCAGGGGGAAAGGGCAAGGAGGCAGAGGGCCUCAAGGCUGGGGGGUGGGGCGGUGUCCCAGCCUCUGCUCUAUUUACAAGAGGAUAGGCCAGUGGAGGCCUCUGAGGCUUCUCUGACCCCGGAACCCCAAGGGUCUGGUCAAGGCCUCCUUGGCUACUGCCUGAGAUGGCGAACAGGUACCCAGAGGGAUAGGGGUCUGUAGGCAGGGCCUGGAGCCCCACCUCUGGGGCGCCCUGGAGGAGCUACAGAGACGGAAGGCAAGGGUAUUUGGUGGAGGGACUGGACACCUGGCUUCGCCCAGGGCUGAGAGGAGCUGGAGAUGGGACAGGAAAGUGGGCGGGGCACAGGCAGUGGUGGAGCAAGGGGGGCUGGGUGGGUGUCCAGCCCUGGAAGCAACACAUGCAGGGUCCCCAGGACGCAGGAGACUACUGGCUGCUGAGGACAGGACGCAUGGACACAGCACCAAUAAAACCUCCUCUUUCCUUCC